AUGGAUGUUUCAGUGGGUGACGUUGUUAUUCCAGGUGACAAUUUUGCAGGUCUUCCAUCUCCGCCGGGUAAAACCCAAUCUGUAACAGGACCAGGGCUUAGGUUAGAAACUGAUAAAGUGAUUGUGUCACGGUGUGGAAUAAUCAGGCAAAAAGGUGCCAACACAUAUUUUGUCGAUGGUUAUCAUCAGAAACGCUACAUACCAGGCAAGGGAGAAACAGUUGUUGGAACAAUAACUAAUAAGUCUGGUGAAUUCAAAGUUGACAUCGGUGCCAGCGAGCAAGUUUCUCUGUCCUAUCUUGCCUUCGAGGGGGCGACGAAGAAGAACCGACCAAAUAUUCAAGUUGGAGACAUCGUAUUUGCCAAAUUGAUAUUGCCAAGUAAGGACAUGGAACCAGAACUGGUUUGUGUUGAUUCCCAUGGAAAGAAGGGCAAGCUUGGCCCUGUACCAGAAGGUGGAUUCAUAUUCAGCUGUAGUUUCAAUCUUAUAAGGAAAAUACUCCGCAAAAACUGUCCAUUGCUGCGUAUUCUAGGGACCAGUAUACCACACGAGAUAGCUGUUGGAAUGAAUGGAAGAAUAUGGGUCAAAGCAUCCACUGUGAAGGAAACUGCUGCCGUUGGUAACGCUAUUUUAGCAGCAGAAUAUACGCACAACGACGAAAUUAAAAAUAUGUGUCAAAGUAUUUUUGGAAAGCUGUUUAGAGAAUAG